UUCUUGGCUUCACAUCCUUGAUGACUACAUCCAGUAUACCUGAAGAUGAAGAAGAAGAACAAAUGCCUCGAGUAGAUGUUGUGUAUGAAAAUAUUGAAAACAUGCCUCCUCUACUGAAGACAUACAUCAAGAGUCUUUCAAAGCCAAAGAGAAAACGUGGAGAUGAGGGCACAAGCAGCACGAGUGUGGGGCAAUGUGAUUUAGGAUCUGGCAGUGCAGUUGGAGACAAGGGAAAGAGAAUUCUUGGCUUCACAUCCUUGAUGACUACAUCCAGUAUACCUGAAGAUGAAGAAGAAGAACAAAUGCCUCGAGUAGAUGUUGUGUAUGAAAAUAUUGAAAACAUGCCUCCUCUACUGAAGACAUACAUCAAGAGUCUUUCAAAGCCAAAGAGAAAACGUGGAGAUGAGGAUCCUUUAGAGCGGAGCAGUGCGGCAAAAAGGAUCGAUUUUGAUGAUCCAUCAGCACCUUAGGAUGUUAUAGAUAUUUUUGGGAUGCUUACAUGUCUAUUUGGCAUGUAUAUUUUGUAUAUGGACAUACAUUCACAUAU